AUGUUCAUCGACCGCAUCCUUGCAAGGCCCGAUAUUGCGGAAAAAUAUGUCAGGAAGAUAAAGCUGGGUUUCUGGGACUCUAAGUUCGCCGGACCCCGUCCAGAGAUCAUAUCCGAAGAAUUGUACGACGCGUAUACGAAAGCUGCAAAGGCCGCAAAUGUCAUCGACAUCAUCGUCCCAUAUGAAGCCGCGGAAGUUACCUCAAAGGGAGCUUUGGUUUCAAAUUGGCGUGAGCGAGAUUGGUACACAGAGCUUCUCAUGAAGAAAAGCCAGGGUGCUGGGUGGCCUCCUUAUGAUCUCAUGUUCUGCCAGGUUCUGCGUGCUGGGCAUGAAGAUGCACUGGUCGCACUCGUUCUGGCCCUUCUCCCAAAUCUUCGAGUACUUGAGCUGCACACCGUUCUCAUGAACCCAGACCAAAUCAUACUACCUUGGCGUUUGCCUAAGCAUGGAUUCAAAAAGCUAGUCAGGCUUACCGCCGCCAAUGAUAGGGCUAUACCAUGGUCUGCGUCCUUUUUAAACCAGAUAAUGGACAACACUUCGCUCCAAACCCUAGAGUUGGCCAGAGGGAGCUGUUGGUAUCAAGCUGGAGGAGACCUCCUCGAAUCGCCGCCAAUUGCUCUACCUCUUGGUCUCGGGGCGCUCACUGCUCUUCAUCUUCCGAAUUGCGCUUUCACGUGCGUGGAGAUGCAAAAGCUCCUCUCAGCGUCCCCUCGUUUAAAGCGGCUAUACUUUUCAUACGGAUUAGCUAUGGGCCCUUACAACUUCACAGCAGGCGAGCUUAUCACCAUGCUUGACUCAUUCAAAAACACCCUGGAAGACUUGUAUCUGGACAUCGUACCCAGUUGGAUGACUCCGCAAGAAGAAGAUAGUGACUCCAGCCAUCUAAUCGAAUCGCUAAGACACUUCACUGCCUUGAGGCGACUGGAUACAAAUGUGGACGUGUGGAGGAUGUUGGACGUUGGGGCCAUCUUGCACAAGUAUCAGCCCGGUAUGAACAUGAACUACGAGUGCAAGAUAUUGGAGCAAGAUCGUUGGUGCUGGCGGCUACCUCCAGUUCUGGAGUUUUUGUCACUCCAUCCCACCCAUCGCGAAACGACGCCUGAUAGCCAUCAACUUCGCGAUUUGGUAUCAUCUCAAAGGCAGGCCCUACCUGAGCUGAAAGCUUUGGUCAUCGCCAUUCACGACGAAGGUUUCAGGGACCUAAUGAAGAUGGAGUUUUACUCGUACAUGGAGGACUACCAAGCAACUAUGGAAAAUGAGACAGACAUGGGAGCCCCAUCUGGUACCGACGACGAGUCGUACAUGGACAGUGAGUCUGAUACGGACGAUCGAUCGAGCAUGGACAAUCAGUCGUCUGAUUCGGUCGACCAACCGGGCGUUGGUAAUCAGUUUGGUUCGGAUGAUCAACCGGGCAUGGUCGCUCAGUCUAAUUCAAACGAUCAAUCGAACAUGAGCGACUGGUCGAGUGUGAACGGUCUCGAUGAAGAUGACCGGAUUAACAUCAAAGUUGGGAGUGCUGCAGAGGCAUCUGGGCCCAUCAAAACCACAUUUCAUGGCUGGCGUCCAAGCAGUGAAAUGCCUCGUAUACAUUGGGAGGGACACGCAUAUGUACUGAAGCCAGGCGAGAGACCCUGUUCUGAAGCAGACAACUCACAACCAAGAAUCGAUCGGUGGUUGCGUGAGUUGACAGGGGUCAGCACUUACCUAGCAUCAGAAGGCGAUCCAGACUUGGUUUACUCAUCAUCUAGUGAAGAAGACUUUGGACACGGGUACAUGUUGGAUGCCGAGUGGGAAGAUCUUGUAGAGACUCUGUAA